UUAUUCUCAUCAGCGACUCAUUAGUCGAGGAAUGAUUAUUGAGUACUCCAAAUAAAACUUACGUGGAUUUGGUGCGAAUAGACACAGCGAACUUAAAAAAUGAUCAUUCCAGUACGUUGCUUUACUUGCGGAAAAGUUAUCGGUAAUAAAUGGGAGGCUUACUUGGGCUUAUUGCAAGCCGAAUACACUGAAGGUGAUGCUUUGGAUUCACUUGGUCUCAAAAGAUAUUGCUGUAGAAGGAUGCUCCUUGGUCAUGUGGACUUGAUUGAAAAACUUCUAAAUUAUGCACCUUUAGAAAAAUAGUCGGACAAAUCGAUUGCUGAUCGUUUAAUUGAGCAGCUCUUCAUGAAUGUCGAUGAUUUCAAAGGAAUGAAUCAGCUGUCAAUGAUGAUCUUUGACCAGAAGUUUAGAAAACUUUAUGUUGUAAAUAUUUUAUCGUUUAAUGUGAAAAAAAAACUAUUGUAUAAAAUGGAUAACUCACCAAAUAAAUAUAUUGCAUAUAGAUCAGUAACUCAAGUCAAGACAGAAAGCAAAAAUGUAUGA